GACUGCCCACUUCGUCCCGCUCUUGCUGGCCAGUAGUGCUGAUUUUGUUCAUUCUGUGCCUGGCAUUGCUGAUGGCGCUGGUGACCCUGGCAGUUCGACUUUUCCAGAUUCCCAAGGACUACAGGACACAACUUAGUGACCUCAAUAUGACAAAGAAUGAGCUGCAUGGAAAUUUCUCAAAUAUGCUGCAAGCAAUAGGAAACCAGCUGUGCUUGGAAGGGGAAAAAAGCCUUAAAAAUAAUGGCCAGACCUGUGUACUCUGCCCUGCAAACUGGAAGUGGGAAGGUGGUGAUACGUGUUACUACCACUCAGAAGAAGACAAGUCGUGGGAACAGAGUCACCAGUUUUGUUCCUCACAAAACUCUACUCUUCUUCUCAUAAAAGAGACAGAAAAGCUGGAACUGGUAAAAAAAUUUCCUAGAGGAAUAUACUGGCUUGGAUUAACAUUUCAAGAUAAACAGAGAGACUGGUAUUGGGCAGACAACACAGCUCUUACAGAAGAACAGAAGUCUUGGGCAAAGCAUGUACACUCUGUCCAACACUGUGGAUAUUUCUAUUACAGUACCAUAUAUAGCAAAUCAUGUACAGCAAAGCUUUUCUAUAUCUGUGAGAAGCCUGCCAUCCAAUUACAGCGAGGUAACAACCAGGAGGACUGGUUUAUCAGACCAAAGGGUUUAUGA